UAAACUGUUACAUUCGUGAUCAAUAACACACUUAAUUUAUGUAGCACUAAUAACUCCCUAAUAAAAACAAUAAUUAAAUACAAUAAAAAAACUAGAAUUUAAAAACGUCAAAUAAUUUUAGUUCCGAUUCUUCCGAAAAAUGUGUACGACUGUAUAAUAAAUUUUUAACACGCCCUGUCAUUGACUGAAAUUAUUUGCGUUCACAUAUUUUCAUAACAAAUAAAAACAUAAGCACAACGGACUUCUCGAUCAUUAAUUAUUUGUUUAUUUAAUAAUAAUAUUAAAAAAUUAUGUCGGAAAAAGAAGUUAGUGAAGAUACACAAGCAAAUGGUGAUCAAAGUUUGCAGACGAUAUUUUCCAAGGGCUGGGAAGGAUUCGAGGAAUUAGAAGAAACUUCUCUACCAUUUAACUCCGCAGAAUAUCAACGCAAAGUUAAAGCCACUAUGAAGAAAUUUGAAGAAGCCACAACUGUUGUAAAUCAGAUUGGUCUAUUCAGUCCCAAUGAGCUUAUUGAUGAAGUUUCUACUGAUUCGUUGCAAUACCUGAUGCUUCCUUUUUAUUUGGGUAAAAUAUCGCUAAAACUUCAACAUGAAAGUCGGGGGGAAGUACUUCAAAUUGCUGAAGUAUACUUUAAAGACUUUUUACAGCGUUGUCAAGAAUAUGAGCUGUGUGACGAGCAUAAAAAGAAUACAGUUGGAGCAGCAGAAGGUAGUAAUACAGAUGAAUUAGCUCAACUAAUGCGUGCAGCGCAUGCCCGCAAUGACAAACUUGCACAAUUCAGAAAAAAGAAAGAGUUGGAUGAAUUUGUAAAGAAAAUGAAACUUGCUGUACGCAAUAAAAGUGUUGAUGAUGAAGUACGUAGAGAAUUUUUCUUAAAACUACUCAAUACAAGUAUUAUCGAUGCCACUGAAGAAUUGGAUAGCGUACAAUUAGAAAAAAAAAUGGUACAAAUGCGUACAAUGCAUGGUUCAGGCGCACCACAAUCUAAUGAUCAUUUCGAUAAUAUCAAAUAUCCACAAUCUAAUGAGCAUUUCGAUAAUGCCAAAGCAACAUCUACUUCAGAGACAGCUGGACAUUCACAUCAUCAUCAUCAUCAUCUCUCGCAACAACCGAAGAAAAAACCUAUGCAACCGUUCAUUAUUACUCGUAACUCUGCACAAAAGGCGGUAUUCGGUGCGGGCUAUCCAAGUUUGCCAGUAAUGACUGUCGAUGAGUUCUACGAUCAACGUGUACGCGAAGGAGUUUUCCCUAAUGAAGAGAAGGUGGCGAAAAUGAAUCGUGAACAGGCAUUAGCCGCUGCUCAAGAUCCCAAUGAGAAGGAGGAUCAAGAAAAGGCUGUAGAGGAGAUUCAAAUUGAGAACGAUGAUCCAGAAUACUUAGAGCGUAUGCGCCGCAUGGAUGAAUAUAAAGAUGUUGUACGCCGUGGCGACGGUAAUCGUUACAAUCGCAGUUAAAUCACCACCGAAUAUUUAUUAAUUAUAAAUGUAUAUCAUAACGCACGUUUCUUUGUUUUACGACGAUUUUGAUAAUCUCAUCAAAAUAAAAAUCUAAAUAAAGUUUUUAAA